CGUUGUGUCAGUAGUCGAUAGAUCGCGAGCCGGUUUGUAAACACGCUGCGCAAAAUUUUUAAAAUGAACCUGGACUUUGUUUAUUUGUUAUCGUUUACAGUUUUAUUGGUGAUAUGUAUCUACCUGCUAAUCAGGAAAAAAGAUGACUACUUUCGGAAGAUUUCGGUUCCUUCCAUCCCCUCGAGAGAGUUCGUGUCGUUAUUUAUAUUGAAAAAAUAUACUAUGGGAGAUUUCAUCAAAAUGAUCUACGACAGAUACGUCACUGACAGGGUCGUAGGAAUGCCCGAACAUGUGUUCGUUCUAUUGGAUCCGGAACUAAUCAAAACGAUAGCGGUUAAAAAUUUCGACCACUUCACGGAUCGACGACCAACGUUCUGGCACCCGAACUCCAAGAAUUCGAAAACUAUACUAAAUCGGACGCUUUUCACGUUGGCCGGCGAAAAUUGGCGCAACAUGAGGGCCACCCUGAGUCCGGCGUUUACCGGCAGCAAAAUGCGGUUAAUGUUCGAGCUGGUGGUGGAGUGUUGCGAGAACAUGGCUCGACACUAUCGGGAACAGCUGACGGAUUUGGGUUCUGCAGAGUACGACUUGAAGGAUAUGUUUUCCCGUUUUACCAAUGAUGUCAUAGCCACGUGUGCCUUCGGGAUUAAGGUGGACUCGCUAAAAGAUCCGGACAAUGAUUUUUUCACUAACGGCAAAAAGAGUACGCAUUUUCAAAGAUUAAGUGUAUUGUUACGUCUGUUUGCGAUUAAUUUAUUCCCAAGGAUAACAGAUGCAUUGGGAGUGGAGAUCAUCGAUCGGGAACAGUUGCAGUAUUUCUCCGAGUUGAUUAUGAAUGCCGUUAAAACUAGACACGCGAACAAUAUCGUUCGACCCGAUAUGAUACAUUUACUGAUGGAAGCUCGGAAAGGAGUAUUGAAAUACCAGCAAGAAUGUGAACAUAAUGAGGGAUUCGCGACUGUACGAGAAUCUUUAAUCGGACAGGUUCAGACAAGUUUCAGGAUGACGGAUUUGGACAUGGUAGCCCAAUGUUCAAUAUUUUUCACGGCAGGAUUCGACACUGUCUCAACUUGCCUAAUGUUCUUAAUAUACGAAUUAACCGUUAACUCAGACAUUCAACAGCGUCUCUAUGAAGAGGUACUACAAACAGCCAAAGAACUUGAUGGAUCACCACUCGGGUAUGAGACCUUGCAGACAAUGAAAUAUAUGGAUAUGUGCGUCUCGGAAAGUCUGCGCUUGUGGCCACCAAUACAAGCGGUUGAUAGACUGUGUGUUAGCGAUUACAGUGUAGAUGACGGUGAGCUUCAUUUCACUAUCGAAAAAGGUGCCGGAAUUUCGAUUCCGAUAUACGGUCUACAUAGAGAUCCCAAAUAUUUCCCUGAUCCCGAUCGGUUUGAUCCGGAACGAUUCAACAAUGAUAACAAAAGCAGUAUAAAUAUGGCAGCCUAUCUACCGUUUGGUAUCGGUCCGAGGAACUGCAUUGGGUCUAGAUUUGCGCUGAUGGAGGUGAAGGCCAUUGUGUAUCAUAUGCUGUUAAAUUUCUGCUUCGAACGAACGGAUAAAACACCAGUACCGUUGAAGUUGAUGCGUGGGGCUCUUCCUCCGGUUAGUGAGCGAGACGUUGUGGUGGCUCUUAAAUUGCGAAAAUAGACUGUUGUUUUAAGUAUAUGAAACAAUAAAACAAGUUUGAAUUCAUCAUCGAUAA